UCCCAGCUCGUUUACAUGGCAGCUGGAUGCCAAACAUCUGGAGCGCCCAGGUUUUUUCUUCUGGGAGGGCUUUAAAAAGCCAGGCAGCAGGGAGUUAGCGGGUCAGACUUGCUUCCUUCGACAUGAAUCCUGCUCUGGUGGCGCUGGCCUGGUCCCUGCUGGCCUCCGCGGCCCGGGCCCAGUCCCAGGACCUGCACGACCACCAGGACAUGGGCUGGGUCAACGGCUACCGCCAGGGCUUCAACUUCCAGUGUCCGCACGGCGAGGUCCUGGUGGCCGCCAGGAGCUACUUCAGCCAGAGGGACGGCUCGGACCGCUUGUGGAGCUUCGAAUGCCAGCCCACCCCCGAGGGCCUGGGGGCCCCCACGGACUGCUGGUGGGACGACAUCAACCGUGGUGGCCUGGAGUGGACCUCCACUUGCACUCGUAACGGGCUGGUGGCGGGCGUGCAGAGCAAAUACUUUGAGGGCCUCCUGGACCGGGAGUGGCAGUUCUACUGCUGCUAUUACGAGCGCCGGUGUCCCUACGCCUGCAUGAAGACCAGCGACAUUCCGGAACAGUACCACGAGGAGGCCGAGCUGGUGGUUCCCACCUACGGCUACUUCAUCCGAGGAGCUCAGACCACCUUCAGCGGGGUGCUCAGGGACCGCCAGUGGAAGUACAUCCUGUGCCGGAUGACCAACUUUGACUGCGACUUUGAGAACUUGUAAGAGGCUUUGCUCUCCGUAAACCAUAUUUACUCCUUUUACGUGAAGUUUUUUAUUUUUAAAGUUUGUAGCUGUUUAAUCCUUAAUUGCCAGCAUGCAACACACACACAAUCCUUCUUUUAGACGGCAUGAAGACCUUAGAGGUAGUGGAAGUCGAAG